UCGAGCCCGCUCCUCGUGGCCACUGACUACUUUCUCGGCUUCCUCGGCUUCCUCGGCUUUCGGAAAUGCCGUUGUGUUAGUUUGGACUGUUGUGCGGCAUCGGACGCUCCUGCUUUCACAGCCAUUCAGUCGAGUGCGUGGUCGUGAGCGAAUCGGUCGGGGAGUGCUGGUGACAUCAGUCCCAUCCGCAGAGCCGCAUCCGCAUCCGUAUCCGAAUCGGAGUCUGAGUCCGCAACCGAAUCCAAAUCCGAGUUGCGAAAAAUAGCUGCUGGCAAGCAAGAAGCAACAAAAAAACAAACAAACAAACUGCCGAAAAUGUGCGUUCUUUGCAAGGAAUGUGAAAUCAAUGAUAAAUCCUCGAACGCGUCGUAAAAUCACCUCCAUCAUCUGUCAACAUUUUUUUUAAAGGUGUUAGCCACGUAUAUAUAUAAUAUAUAUAUAUCCCUUUUUUUUGUACAAGUGCCAUGUGCAGAGUGCCAUGCGUAUCCAUAUCCGUGGUGCGUAAAGUUCCUUGAGCAAGCGAACACAAAUCGGUGGUCGGUCUGGAGUGCUAUGGGAGAGGCAAACCAGAAGACAGAGAUUAGUCUCAAUGGAUCCAGACAAUUCAUUCGUAUCUAUGCAAAUAUUAUGACUGCCUGUCAAAAAUGGAUCGGCCUGUAAGAAUCGCACAACACUGUUGCAAUUAACCAAUUAAGAAAGGAAUAUACAAUCAAAGCUGAGGAAUAUUAGACGUUUAAGGCGAUACAAUAUGAGAAGUCGAUCAAAAUUAGAAAGCUAACGAAAAGCGUGGGAUUAGAAGAAAGUCAAUGGAUCCAAAAAGUGACACGAAUGCGCACGAACAGUAGUCCGGAAAGCAAAAUUCGAUUAUCGACUAUCGAUAUCGAUUAUCGAUUAUCAACACCAAUAUAAACACCGAAACACCAAAACACACCGGACGGACACCACAAUCAAAAUGCAAAACUAUGGAAGUGAACUGAAAGGAGGCUGAGUCCCACUAACUACUAACUACCUUCUGCGCCCCCACACUAGAUCUAGAUCGCGGAUAUAGGCUAUAGAAUAUUCGAACUCCAAGGCUCAAUCGAGUUAUGAAGAAGCCAGCACGCAGUCGGCCGGACAAUCCAUCCUGCCCUGGUCAGGAGAGAACGAGAUCCAUGAGCUUCCCACAGCCGCACUCAUUGCCGGAGGCCACUGCGAACGGUGGCAGAAUGCUGGUCUAUGGCCUGGGACUUUUAAUUAUGAUACCGGCUUGUGCGGCUGGACCCCAUGAGAAGCGGCUGCUUCACGCCCUUCUGGACAACUACAACAGCCUGGAGCGUCCGGUGGUCAAUGAAUCCGAUCCAUUGCAACUGAGCUUCGGACUAACACUCAUGCAGAUUAUCGAUGUGGACGAAAAGAAUCAACUGCUUAUAACGAAUAUUUGGCUCAAAUUGGAAUGGAACGAUAUGAAUCUUCGAUGGAAUUCGAGUGAGUUCGGUGGUGUGCGGGAUCUGCGGAUUCCGCCACAUCGCCUAUGGAAACCGGAUGUACUGAUGUACAACAGUGCGGACGAGGGCUUCGAUGGAACGUACGCCACAAACGUGGUGGUUCGCAACAAUGGGAGCUGUCUGUACGUACCGCCUGGUAUAUUCAAGUCGACGUGCAAGAUCGACAUUACGUGGUUUCCAUUCGACGAUCAGAGAUGCGAGAUGAAGUUUGGCUCGUGGACCUACGACGGGUUUCAGUUGGACCUGCAGUUGCAGGACGAAGCUGGUGGCGACAUUUCUAGCUUUAUAACCAAUGGCGAAUGGGACUUGUUAGGUGUGCCCGGUAAACGAAAUGAAAUCUACUAUAAUUGCUGCCCAGAACCUUAUAUUGACAUAACAUUCGCCAUUUUGAUAAGGCGCAAAACGUUGUACUAUUUUUUCAAUCUGAUUGUGCCGUGCGUACUGAUCGCCUCCAUGGCACUGCUAGGGUUUACACUGCCACCAGAUUCUGGUGAAAAGCUUUCGCUUGGAGUUACAAUUCUAUUAUCGCUUACAGUCUUCCUCAACAUGGUGGCCGAAACUAUGCCGGCGACCUCCGACGCGGUACCGCUGCUCGGAACUUAUUUCAAUUGCAUUAUGUUUAUGGUGGCCUCAUCAGUUGUGUCAACCAUACUUAUCCUCAAUUAUCAUCAUAGAAAUCCAGAUACGCAUGAAAUGAGUGAAUGGAUAAGAGUAAUAUUCCUUUAUUGGUUACCUUGCAUAUUGCGCAUGCAAAGACCCGGACAGGUUGGCUACGAAUGUCCGCCGCCGCCCUCUUCUUCGAGUUCCUCCAAUUCCGGCGAGAAGAAGCAACAGAUCCAAAACGUUGAGCUCAAGGAGAGAUCCUCCAAGUCUCUGCUGGCCAAUGUGCUCGAUAUAGACGAUGAUUUCCGAUGCAAUCAUCGAUGUGCCAGCGCGACUUUGCCCCACCAGCCCACAUAUUACAGGACGAUGUACAGGCAAGGGGACGACGGCAGCGUGGGACCCGUGGGACCAGCUGGUCCAGUUGUGGACGGGCGUUUGCACGAGGCCAUUUCCCACACCUGUCUGACAUCCUCUGCGGAGUACGAGCUGGCGCUGAUACUCAAGGAGCUGCGUUGGAUAACAGAACAGCUCAAAAAAGAGGACGAGACAAGCGACAUCACACGGGAUUGGAAGUUUGCAGCCAUGGUCGUCGAUCGUUUGUGCCUUAUUAUUUUCACCUUGUUUACUAUUAUAGCAACCCUCGCUGUCCUGUUCUCAGCGCCGCAUUUCAUUUUCCCGUAAGCGGAGGAGCGAUGCUGGGAGAAGCGGGAAAAGCGGGAAAAGCGUGAAAAGUGCGAAAUAAGUGGGAAAAUGGAGCGGAAAGUGACAGGUGGUGGUCGGCCCGAGGAGUUUUGCGGUUGUAUUGUGAAGUAUAUGAAGCCAAUCAAAAUAUUAGGAACAGAAGCGAACACGAAUUCAACAGCCCGAACCUAAGCUUUUCAAACUGAAAUACUUUGACAGUCAAAGAGUUUUGCUAUUCAACAUUUUUAUACUUUUAAAGAUGUGUCUGAUGGUUAUAAAAAUAUUACAAUGAAUUGAGAUAGUAACGUAUGUACGUAUGUGAAUGCAUUUUGUAUUGAAAAAACACCAAAAAAAAGAAAAAAGAACACCAAACGAAAACCAAAAUAAUGUCGGUAUAAUACAAUAAAUUUCCGGGCAAACAUAAAUGCACGUUGCCGUGUGCAUUCAACUUGCCCCUUAGUCACAAAGCAGAGGUUUCUAUAUCUAAAUCGAAAAUCGAAAGUUGCAAGUCGCUCGUAGAAUUGCAAUCCACCUCCCCUCAUUUAGCCGAUUUGAACAGAGAAUGACAUUUAAGGAUAUAUAUACAGCUUCACACUGUUGUUCAACUGAAUUAGUAUCUAAAUACGAUAGAAUAGUCUGUAUGUAGCAUGCGAGGCAUUUCGAAACCUAUGUUCACUUUGUACUGCAUAUUGGUUCUAUCAAGUUUUACUUUCGAUCCCAUGCUAUAACAUUUUGAUAGACAAAGAACUGUAUACACACAGGUGUGUUGCUAUGAUAUAAAAUGAAUAAACGACAGAAGACUAGCAAUACGCAAAUCAAUCACAAGCAAAUCAAAUGCAAAUUGAACGCAAGCAAAAGUGAAUAGUGAAUAGUGGAUAGUGGAUAGUGAAUAGUGAAUAGUGAGUGAAUUGCUGGAAGUACACUGCAAUAGGAGAAAGUCAUUUAUCUGAAAUGAUCGCACAAUAAAUUCAUAGAUACUAACAAGCCGAGUCGAAAUUGAAACGCAGCUGGACAACAAAUCAUAGUUGUGAAAUGCAAAACAAAACCAGGCUAACAAAUACAUACGAGAAUACUAUUGAGAAAUAAGAAAAAAACAAAAAACUUGCUAAAAUUAUCGAAUUGCACUCCGCAAAUAACCGAAAGAAAACAGCAAAAGCUGCAAACACAAGACACUGAUCGCGAUAUGCAGUGCGUACACAGGGAGAAAUAAUUGCUAGCCAUUAGAGGAAAUGAAAUACAUACAUAGAUGCCUAUAGCUACACACAUAUAUCACUAUACCACGCCCAAUUCAUCAAGUCUUUCCUGCUGAUCGUUCAGCGGUUAAACGGUGCUUCAAUAUAUACGGGUGCUUCAUAACUAGGCGCCAACAUAAUUUUAACUUGUAUAGUUAAUGCUAAUUGGCGCAAUCAUCAAAUCAAUCAAAAGGUUCCGUAGAACGUAAAGCAAUUUAACGCAAUGCUAGUGUAGUCAAUUUUGGAGUCCAAGCAGCCUCGACAAAUUUUAGGCCUUCACAUUCGCAACUUGGCGAAAAGUAUUGUGUAUUGGCGAAUAUUGUUAUAUAGCCGAUAUUUGUAGCGCUUUCAGUCAGUACUUUCCGAACAGUGAAACUUCGCAAUGAGGAAACCCCACACUUCGCUGGCCCAAAAGUUUUUUUCUAUCCGAGUUCACUGACUUGGCGAGCGAGCUAACUUAUCUCAAAAAGAAGAAGCCAACAUCAUUUGGAAGAAACAUAAGCUAAAAUUGUAUGAUAAUGUUAAACACAAGUAUAAAGUUAACUAUUUUUAAAUGAAAACAAAAUGAAAAAUGUGUGUCAACAGCAACGAAUGCCGAAUAUAAAAAGAGCGUUAAAUGAAGAUAUUUCGAGAGAGUAUAGUUUUCAGAGCGGCAGAAGGAUCGAUCGCAGAUAUUCAUUGGAUACGAAAGAAAUAUAUAUCACUACAGUCAAACUUCCAUAACGCAGGCGGGCUUCUCUAUUUCGUUGGCAACAAUCUAAAUCGAAUCCAAUCAAUGCCCACGAACCACGGGUCACCAUAAUCGCAUUUCUUUUUUUUUUUUUUUUGCUGGCAGAUGGCGGUUUGUGUUAUCGAAGUUCGACUGUAUCUUUGAAUUCCC